CGGCACUUAUCGAAAUCGACAUCAAACAGCUGAGUUUUUGUUUUGUAAUUUUUUGAGUGGCUUACGUAAAUUAAAAACUGAUUACAACGCUGGAAAUUAACAUAAAACCCCGCCGACAAAGCCCCGGAGCAGCAAUCAGAUACCGGGAACAGACCCAAUAAGAACCACUAGCUGCCGGCGAACUGAGCGAUGAGUUUCCCGGACAAGGCGGAGCGCGCCAAGUGCUGGACCAACCGUGACGAGUACUGGAAGUGCCUAGACCAGCAUGCGCCCAAGCAUAGCUCCACCAGCGGCGAAAAGGUGCCCAGCGCCUGCCAGAGCCUGCGCAAGGCCUUCGAGCAAUCGUGUCCCGGCCAAUGGGUGAAGCAUUUCGAUCGCAAACGCACCUACGAACAGUUCAAGGAGAAGAUGGCCACCGGCUACGAUCCUCUGGAGGAGCGCACAAAGGCCCAGGGCCAGCAGCAGGCCAAGUAAUCCCUGGAGUCGGGAGCUGGGAGCCUAAUUUGUUGUUUUUUUUUUACUGUUCGAAGUGUAGUGUAAAUAAAUAUACCUAUAGCUAUAUAACUACAUAAAGCUGAA